CGAUCAACGCAAAGUUCGACCUCCACCACUUCAACUUCCUCGCCGUCAGACCCGGGUUCUCCAGGGGAUGCCACGAUACGCCCCCAGGUACGACUGGACGGUCUGCCGCUGAUAGCUUUGCCAAAUAACCCCACUUCAACACAGCUGCCGCAUCCUCGAGCGCGUGAUGUAUUAGCUUUCCACCAGUUUCUGUUCAGGACUAUGCCAAUAUUAUUUCCACCCGAGAGCCUCUCCUUCUGGCGAGACUACGUUUGCCAGGAGGCGUGGGGGGUCGAGUAUGUCUUCGAUGCUGUCGUUGCACUCGGAUGCAUGCACAGAGCCACUUUACUACUAUCUCAACAAACCAAGAGUGACAACGAUCAUGGCUUCGGCACCAAAGUCAUUGCCAUCCAGAUGUAUUCAAAUGCAUUAAAAGGCGUAUCGGAUAGUUUGGCCAGUACACAAAUCUCGAUGGCUCUUCUCUUAGCGGUGCUGAUCCUCUUUGCAUAUACCGAGAGCUUUGAUGGAAACGUCCCGGCGACAAUACGUCACAUUCACAUGGCCAACCACUACUUUCAAGCUAUGUGCUCGAGAAGCACUCGAGAAACAGAGCAGUUUAAGACGCCCAUUGAGUUAUGUCUCCACGACCUGGAUAUCGUCCGCCGGAUGACCUUACCAGAUCUCAACGUGAUACGAAUGAUAUCACCGUUAUAUAGACCAAGCAUAAAUCCUAGCGCUGCCUCGGCAUCAUUGCACGAAAGUCUAGACUGUUCACCAAAACAUCUGCUACAACAACUUCUCGAUAUCGGCUCCAUGGACGGCGACAUCAAGCCAUUGAUUUGGUGUCCCGUAGCAGCUCAUCGAAAGCUGAUGCCAGAAGAGAAAAUAGUUGGCUUCAUUAAGCAACUCAAGGAGUGGAAGAAUACUAAUGGAAUCCUAUUCCACAAGCUUGGUGUUGAUGAGGCGCUCUCGGGGCCCGUCAACUUUGACCUUGCAACUUUGGCAAGCAUUCCAAUUCCCCCGCCGCCACAUGCCAACCUACCUAGGGAUUUCUGUCUCGUCCUUGCCCUCUAUGUCUUUUACCGAACAAGGCUCUCAUGGGCACUAAGCAUUUACAAUGGGGGCGAGAGCGAUCUCGAGCUUGAUGCCUAUUAUUUCACUUAUCAACUGUUGCGAUUUGUCACGACAGCCCUGGAUAGACCACAAUCCUCUUCCGAUGAUCUCCCAUUCGGAUGCGAGGCCCUGAGAGUAGCGCUUUCACCAAUACUCUUUCUAGCUGGGCAGUCCUGUCCGCGGCCAACCUGGCUUCGAUGGAUAUUAUUUGAAUUGGACCGCAGCGGCCGAGAAGGGGUCUGUAACAGUAAGGCCUUUGCUUCAAGCCUCGAGGUCCUGUCUACUCUCGAAAAACGCGUGGGCCGGGAGCCGAGACAGCCUGAUGUGGAAUACUUCACCGCACCACAUCAGCGUGUCAUUUCUGUCAUUUUCCCUAAUUUGAAUGGGCGGGGCUACGUCACAUACUACGCUCAAGUGCGGCCUGGCGACGAAAUAGAUUCACAGGAAUCUCAUAUCCCCUUGUGUAUCGCCAGUUGGUCAAGCUCUGCCAACAGUGGUAGACCUGCCAUAACUACGUGUGAUGGGACGGGUGUCCCCUUCAGUGAAUGGGUCAUGGAUCAGCCUCUAGUGAAGGAGUGGGCACAAUGGUUGACAUUCUCCGAGUUUGACCUUACCCAGACGCUCUAUGAUCACAUCAAUGGAAGUCGCCUUUUAGUCGACCGUGAUAGGGUGGCUGGUAGUAAGUGGUAA